UCUCUCUCUUCCGGGCGCACACUCGGCAGCUGGCUGCAACACCGCUCCUCCCUCCUGUGUUGUGGCUUUCCUGGUACAUAGAUCCUUAAACGCGAACAGUGUUUUUUUCGUUUUUUUUCGUUUUUUUUUUUUUUUUUUGCCGAAGAGCACUUUUCCAUCCCAAAAUCAGAAGACGGACAAUCGAGCUGUUUCUACAUCGACUUGAGAGACUGACGAGAGUUGCGGCGUCGGAUAAGGUCCUGCACCCCCAAAUCUCUGUCAGCCAUGGAGACUUGGGUCGGCUCGUACCCGGGCUGGCACUUACCUCUGGGUAUCUGGCUGAUAAUCGCCGCUCAGACCCUCCCGUGUGCCAAAGCGGAGAUAAGUUGUGCGUCUUGUCCAUCGCCGUUUCAACUUCACCAGGUGGAAUUACUGCUGGAUACGCGCGCUGGCCCGAUGCACGAGCCAAACGCCCAAGAAAAAAUCCGAGCGAAGUUCAGGCAACUCGGGGUUACCGACCAAAACAUCUACGACCAUCAGGUGGUCUCUAACGAUGGGGUUGGCACGAGGGAAGGCGCACCAGGCAAACGCCAAAGUGCAGAAAGUCACCGCGGGGUUGAGGACGCUGGGCUCAGGAGAGCCAAGAGAAACGGUCCGGAGUUCUUCAAGUUCGGCGACAGAGCCGGCGCGGAGAUGCAGGCUUCCGAGGAACGAGGCAGCCUCGUGGCGCUGCUGGAUGGCCACAAACAGGGGCGAUCAGAGUUCAGAUGGAACAGGGACGAAGGGAGAGGGAAUAACCGUCAAGAGGAGCCCAAACUCGUCAGUGGCACUUUCGCGCUUACUGGAGACUCUGCGCACAACCACGCAGCGGUUUACUGGUCGGGACAAAACAGCAGCGUGAUCCUGAUUCUGACAAAGUUGUACGACUUUCAUAUUGGCAGUGUCACUGAAAGCACUCUUUGGCGAUCCACCGACUAUGGGUCGACAUAUGAGAGGAUGAAUGAUAAAGUGGGAUCCAAGACCGUCCUGAGUUACCUGUACGUCUGCCCAACAAACAAAAGGAAGAUUAUGGUGUUGACGGAUCCAGAGUUUGAGAGCAGUGUGCUUAUCAGUUUUGAUGAGGGUGCCAGUUUCCAGAAGUAUCGCCUCACAUUUUUUGUGCUCAGCCUUUUAUUCCAUCCCACUGAAGAGGACUGGGCAUUAGCCUACAGUCAUGACCAGAAGUUGUACAGCUCCGUUGACUUUGGAAGAAAAUGGCAGCUCAUCCAUGAGCACGUGACACCAAACAGAUUCUACUGGUCUGUUUCAGGCCUAGACAAGGAGUCAGAUCUGGUCCACAUGGAGGCUCACACAUCUGAUGGAAAUGUGCAGUAUGUGACAUGCAGAGCUCAGAUGUGCACAGAGCUAAACAGGAACUACCCGUUCUCUGGGUACAUUGACAUCAGCUCUCUGGUGGUUCAAGAUGAUUACAUAUUCAUCCAGGUUCCUACAUCAGGACGAGCCACCUAUUAUGUCUCCUACAAAAGGGAGUCUUUCAUACAAAUCAAACUACCCAAAUAUUCCCUCCCGAAGGAUUUACACAUUGUCAGCACUGAUGAGAACCAGGUUUUCGCUGCUGUGCAGGAGUGGAACCAGAAUGACACCUACAAUCUCUACCUGUCUGACACCAGAGGGAUCUACUUCACCCUUGCCAUGGAAAAUGUGAAGACCACCAGAGGCAUCGGGGGCAGCCAGAAUCUGGACCUGUAUGAGGUGGCAGGAAUCAAAGGCAUGUUGAUUGCUAACAAGAGGCAGGACAACCAGGUGAAGACCUACAUCACCUACAAUAAAGGGCGGGACUGGAGGCUCCUACAGGCCCCUGCUACUGAUCUGGAUGGAAAUGAUAUUCACUGCAUAUUGCCUUUCUGCUCCCUCCAUCUUCAACUGCAAAUGUCAGAGAACCUUUACUUGUCAGGGUCAAUCUCCACCAAGAGCUCUGCACCAGGCAUCAUAGUUGCAACAGGUAAUAUUGGAGCAGAACUGUCUUACAACAAUGUGGGCAUGUUCAUAUCAUCUGAUGCUGGCAAUAGCUGGAGACAGAUUUUCGAAGAGGAGCACAACGUAUGGUUUCUGGACCAAGGUGGGGCCCUCGUUGCUGUGAAACAACCGUCUGUUCCAACCAGACACUUGUGGGUCAGUUUUGACGAGGGCAGACAGUGGACCCAGCACAGCUUCUCCUUGGUGCCUCUGUUUGUGGACGGUGUCUUGGUGGAGGCCGGAGCUGAGAACCAGAUCAUGACGUUCUUCGGACAUUUCAGCCACCGUUCUGAAUGGCAGCUCAUUAAGAUUGACUAUAAAUCAAUAUUCAGCAGGAAAUGCAUGGAGGAAGACUAUCAAACAUGGCAUUUACACAACCAGGGUGAGCCUUGUGUAAUGGGCCAAAAACAGAUUUACAUGAAGCGCAGGCCUGGGAACUACUGCAUGCUGGGAAGAGACUAUUCCAGAAUCCUAUCAGCAGAGUCUUGUAUUUGCCGAGCUCACGAUUUUGAAUGUGAUUAUGGAUAUGAGCGGCGUGGAGACGGCAACUGCAGGCCUGCCUUCUGGUUUAAUCCUUCCACCAUCUCAAGGAGCUGCAGCCAGGGUCAGAACUACCUCAACAGCACAGGGUACCGUAAAGUGGUGCUGAACAACUGCACUAAAGGAGUGAAAGAAAUGUACACAGCCAGGAAGCAGCAGUGUCCCAACAGACCUCCUAAAGGACUCCUGCUGACCACCCACAAUGGCAAACUUACCGCCAACAUGGGCAGCAAUGUUACCUUUGCAGUGCAUCUGGAUGAGGGCGACUCUAUAAGAACCAACAUCCAGCUGGAUUUCGGUGACGGCACAGCCGUGUCCUACUCCAACCUUAGCUGGACAGAGGAAGGGAUCAAACACGUCUACAAAUCGGCUGGAAUAUUCCGCGUCAUGGCGCUGGCAGAGAACAGCCUGGGUUAUGACACGAGCACGCUCUUCCUACACGUCACAUGUCCAGUGGAACAUGUCCAACUCCUUGCUCCCUUUGUGGCCAUAAGGAACAAGGAAGUGAACAUCACAGCAGUGGUCUUGCCAACUCACUCGCGCACCGUCACCUACUUCUGGUGGCUCAGCAACAGCACUGAGCCAGUGAUCACAUUGGAAGGGAGCAUCUCCUACACGUUCACCAGUGAGGGAAUGCACAUGGUUACAGUGCAGGUUUCUGCAGCCAACACCAUUCUGCAGGACACCAAGGCUAUCGCAGUCCAAGAAUUCUUCAAAUCUCUGCUUUUAUCUUUCUCCCCUAAUCUGGAUGAGUUCAACCCUGACAUACCCGAGUGGAGACAGGAUGUGGGGAGAGUAAUUAAGAAGGCUCUACUGCAAGUUUCUGACUUCCCAGAAGAGCAGCUUCUGGUAGCUGUUUUUCCAGGUGUUCCGACAGCUGCUGAACUUUUCCUGUUACCACACAAGAACCAGUCAGAAGACAAGAAAAAUAGUGAGGAGGUGCUAGAUCAGGCAGCUGACAUAAUUGUUGGUGCACUGAACCAGAAUCUAGUGGAGUUCGAGCUCAAGCCUGGUGUAAGGGUGAUCGUUUACAACACACAGUUGACACUGGCUCCGUUGGUGGACUCCAGCCCCAGACACAGCAGUUCAGCUAUGCUGAUGCUCCUGUCGGUGGUGUUCCUGGGUUUAGCAGUGUUCCUCAUCUACAAAUUCAAGAGAAAAAUACCCUGGAUCAACAUCUACGCUGAGGUAAACCAGGAGAAAGAGCAGGAGAUGAUUGGCUCAGUGGGCCAGGGUGAUAGCACGCCUAAAAUCACUCUAAGUGAGUUCUCCACAACCAAAGAACUCAUGGAGAAGGAACUGGACGCCAGAGUCAAAAGGGGAGUCGGAAAUGCCUGUGAGAGCACAAGGGAGAUUCCAAACUGCACCAGUGUGUAAAUGUGAAAGCAGUCUCGACAGUUUAUGUACAGAGCAAAGUAUUACCGUUUCGGGGGUUCUCUUUCUGUUUUGUAAUUUUCAACACGGCCAAUGUUAAUAGUUUUCUAAGGGACCUCAUUUCUACAGAUCUGCAUGGAUGGCUCCUCCUCCAACAACAUCCAUGCAGCCAAACUUCAGCGAGCUCAAUGUAAUAACCGUCAAAAACAUAUUCAGUUUUGUGAUGUAUAAGCUACACAAACUUUCAUUUCCGGAGUGAAAUAUCUUUUGUCAAAGCUUCCUCAGAGUUCGGUCUGUUUGCUUUGAAAAUCAUUUCAGCCUAUAUAGACUGUAAUGUCUGAGUCUUCAAUCACACAGGGACUAUUACUGAAAUGUACAGUACAAUAUUAUCAUCUGUUCUGUUACCUGUAUAUAUUCUAAAUUUCUACAUGGUGGUAGUCUGAGUACCAUGACAACCGCAGAAGAUCCAGCAGUGAUCUGGUUUUUGAAAGUGUGUUGAAAAGUCCAACAUUACUUCCAGAAUAUUUGUUUUUGAUAAAGUCCUUGACUUGUGCAUGUUCUUAUUGAGGACACAGUUUGUGUAUUGUAGAUAAGCAAGUGUUGUAGAUAGUUAUUUUCUAUUCAGUCAUCAAAAGCUCUCAGUCUGUCACAGCUGAACAUCUGUUUUGCGCUCGAUUCUUCAAGAGGGAUAUAUGUCUAGAAGAAAAAGGGUUUAUCUGUUCAGGCAGGUACAACUCAUUGAGGAUAUUACAUGUUCAACAUGCUCCGUUUGUCUUCAAAUGAAAUUAAUAGUCGCAAUCAUUCAAUAUGUUUAUUUUUCAUUAAUCAUAUACAGUAUAUAUUUGAACAUUUUUAGAUGGACAAGAAUGCCAAAUAUUAUUUGAGUAUUACAUUGUUUAACAAAUUGGGGCCAGAUGAUGGGGAAA